UUGCCAUGGCUACACGCAGUCGGCGUCGGUGAAUCCCUGCGAGCGAAGGAGGAAAAGGAAGAUGGAGGAGAAUAUGGUUAAAGACGUCGAGACUGGCAGUGAAGUUGGGGGAGAAGAUGCCUUAGUGGGCAAUGUGAACAAGUUGCUGGUGACUCCACCAGGGUACUCGGGAGCCCAGCGGAAAGGACACCUGAUCUUUGAUGCUUGCUUUGAGAGCGGUAACCUUGGCCGGGUCGACUACAUCAACGAAUUUGAGUUUGACCUUUUCAUCCGGCCUGACACCUGUAACCCUCGUUUUAGAGUCUGGUUCAACUUCACCGUAGAAAAUAUCCGGGAGACACAGAGGGUGAUUUUCAACGUGGUCAAUUUCUCCAAGACCAAGAGCCUGUACAGAGAUGGCAUGUCUCCUGUGGUCAAGUCUACCAGCAGACCUAAAUGCAACAACGGCGCCUAGACCUGUUAACUAUCACCAACCCCG